UGAUUACAUCUUUACACCCUCCCCCAUUCCUUCAUUUAUUAAUUCACAUUAUUAUUAUUUUUAAAUUUGUUUUUUACCCAAAUUGAUAUUUUUUGAAGCACAUAUUAAAGUCAAGACUCGGCAAAUCCAACAAUCUCGGUUCAUUCCGUCGACAACAAAAGCAAUCAACUCUUGUCUGAUUUCUUCACAUCUCCGGUCAAAAUUCACUCCCCUCAUCUCUGUUGAAACUUAUUUCUCUGUUUAGCCAUGGAUCGUGGCCAAUUUACACUGAUGGGAUCGACCGUGUGCGUCAUGCUCUCUCUGCACUUCUCAAUACAGUUAGUUUCUCAACACUACCUAUCUUGGAAGAAGCCGAAGGAGCAGAAGGCAAUAAUUAUUAUCGUACUCAUGGCUCCCUUAUACGCCAUUGACUCCUACGUCGGUUUGCUCGACAUUCGAGGGAGUACAACAUUUUUCACUUUCUUGGAUUCUAUAAAAGAAUGUUACGAAGCUCUGGUGAUGGCUAAGUUCUUGGGUUUGAUGUAUACUUACUUGAACAUAUCAAUCAGCAAAAAUAUAGUGCCCGACGGAAUCAAAGGAAGAGAAAUCCAUCACUCGUUUCCGAUGACUUUUUUCCAGCCUCACACCGUACGUUUGGACCACAAAAACUUAUCACUUCUCAAGCAGUGGACAUGGCAAUUUGUUUAUAUUCGCCCCGUUUGCUCUGUCUUGAUGAUAGCACUUCAACUUCUCGACAUUUAUCCGAGCUGGCUUAGCUGGACAUUUACCCUCAUUUUAAACACCUCCGUUUCGCUGGCCUUGUACUCUCUCGUAAUCUUCUACCAUGUCUUUGCUAAGGAGCUGGCCCCACACAAACCUCUAGCCAAGUUCUUGUGUGUAAAAGGCAUCGUCUUCUUCUGUUUCUGGCAGGGAAUUGUGCUGGAUAUUCUUGUGGCAAUCGGGAUAGUAAAAUCGAACCAUUUCUGGCUUGAUGUGGAGCAUCUACAGGAAGCGCUGCAGAAUACGCUUGUGAUUGUUGAGAUGGUUUUCUUCUCUCGACUUAUGCAGUAUGCUUACACCGCCGAGCCUUAUCAAAAGGGAUCGAUUUCGGAAAAGGCAGAAGAGAAGAAGAAAGAGUGAAUGGGGAAACCUAGGAUUGAUUGCAAUAACAUUCUUGCUUCAUGGUGUAUGUGUGUGUAAACCAUAGGUAAUAUGAUGCUAUUAUUAUUAUUAUUAUGUCUUUUUAGCUUCUGUAUUUGUAUCUUUGAAUAAGAAUAGUACCACGGCUUCUCUUUUCGGCCUUGUGUUUACAGUUUUUGUGAAUCAACUGGCCAUUUUGGAAGAAACUCUAUUUUAUA